CUCUCUGGCGGCUCUCUCCUCCUCUCCUUCCCUCUCUCUACAAAUCCCCAAUUGUCAUCUCUCUCUGCGUCUCUGCAAAUUCACAGAGAGAGAUAAGCAGAGUUCAACCGCCAUGGUCGCGGCCACCAAGGACUCGACAGCUCCGUCUCAGCCCUCGGCAGCGCCUCCAGAGGAGGACGCGUUAAAGAGGAAUACCGAUUGCGUUUAUUUCUUGGCGUCGCCUCUCACCUGCAAGAAGGGAAGUGAAUGUGAGUAUCGCCAUAGUGAACAUGCCCGGAUGAACCCUAGGGAUUGCUGGUUCUGGUUGAAUGGUAAUUGCUUGAAUCCAAAGUGUUCGUUCCGGCAUCCGCCUCUUGAUGGCUUGUUGGGAACCCAAGCUACAACUCCUUCAGGAUCUUCUAUUCCUACAUCUCAGUCCGUGGCACCACCUGCACCUCAUGUUCCUGCACCUCAUGUUCCUGCAUCUCAUGUUCCUGCACCUCAUGUUCCUGCACCUCAUGUUCCUGCACCUCAUGUUCCUGCACCUCAUGUUCCUGUACCUCAUGUUCCUGCAUCUCAUGUUCCUGCACCUCAUGUUCCUUAUAGCUCUUCGGGUAAACAAUCAGUCCCCUGCAUUUUCUUCCAGAAGGGACUGUGCUUAAAAGGUGACAGAUGUGCCUUUUUGCACGGACCAAAUCCUACUGGUAACAAAAUCCCACAAGCGCCAGCAGCUACUCCUGGCACUGAGCCUCCGUCUCUUAAGAAGGUGUUUGGUGGCCUUGAAAAGUGUACUCAAGAGCAGAGGGUUCUGCAGCCAAACUUCUCAAAGUUGUUUGAAGUGCCUCGUCCAGCAAAACCAGCUACAAAAACUGAAACUGCUCCACCAAAACACGCAGUUAGCACUGACAAAACUGCAGUGCCACCUGCAGGCUUGCGUGAUGAGCUACCUAGGUACAAAGCAACUGAUGUGCCUCCUGCCAGCAAUGGAAACAGUGCGAAUAGGUCCAAUCGGAUGCAUCAGUCUGAUGUAUCAGAUGAUCACAGUUUUCAGAAUGGUGGUAAGGAUGUUGAUGAGUUUUAUAGAGAGUCCUCUCCUGGUUUUGAUGUCCUUGUUGAUGAUGAUCUCAGAGAUUCUGAUUACUAUCAUGAUGAAGAUCAGUUUGGAGGUGAUGGAAGGAAUUUGAAUUCUAUGAAUGAAUUUGACAUUGGCCGAUCUUCUGAUUACAAUUCAAUGGCUGAUAUGGACCGAGAAAUGUUCCGUGAUCCACAUGGCUAUGACUCCUAUGAGCACAUGCAUGGGCAGUAUCCUUGGGAUCAUCGCAGGUCUUCAUCAGAGAGGAUGCUAGUGGGGGCAGCUCCUCUGGAAAGGAGGGGUUACCGUAAAUCUGAGAGCCCUGAUCAAAUCAAUGAAUCAGAUUUGCGACAUCGCUUAUCAAAGCACAGGAGAGUUAAUGGUUUAAGAUCAGUUGUUAGUCAUGACUAUGACCUAGACAAUCAUGCUGAAGAGAGGAGUCAUCGUGGUCCGUCUCGAAGGGAUUCACACCAUGUACCUACACAUGAGAGCUCCCUUAGCAGUCGCCUUCGGGGCAGAAUAAAGCUUCCCAGGAGAUCUUCUCCUGUCAAUGGUAGUGACUUGCGUGUUGAAAAGGAUAUGGACAGGGGAAGGAACUGGGGCAGAUUGUCACCUGGAAGGCAACAAAUUUCCUCCCAGCAGGGAAGGCUUCGAGACAGAAUAAGAGGAAGGGUUCAAGAGGAUUCCAUUACUGAUGCAAGAAAUUCUUGGAACCAGCGCAUCAGAAGGGAUAUAGUGGAUGAUGGCGUUGCUGAUUUUGCUGGUCCAAAGAGCCUUGCAGAGCUGAAAGUUGUGAAGAAUACGGAGAGCAAGGAGCAGCGAAUGAAGGUUCAACAAUCAUUGUCCCUUGGAAGGCAGAGAAACUUAAAGAUAGAGGGUCAGCAACAAUCUGAAGAUGACCUAUCGUUUGAAGGGCCGAAGCCUCUUAGUGUGAUUCUGAAGAGAAAAAGGGGAGCUGAAACAGCAGUUUCUGGGAGUGGAAUGGUGCAUGGAAAUAAAGAAGAAAAUGAUCCAGAAGGCAAGGAUGGUUUCAUGAGCAGCCCCAAGACUACAGAAGUUGAUGUAGUUGGAAGUGUAGAAGAUGGUUUGAUCCUAACAGAAAAAGAUCAAGCAGCUGAUAAUGAGUCUUCUCAAGUGCCCAGCAUGAAUGAGCUUGAAACUGAAGAUGGGGUGAUUGGUGAUGGAGUAACAGAAGAUCAAGAUCAUGAGCUUGAAGGCUUUGAUCAAAGGGAUGGAGAUGGAGACGGAGACGGAGAGUAUGAAUAUGAGCAGGGUGACGAGGCAGAGUAUAAUUUAGAAGAGGGUGAAAAUGUGGACCCUGAAGAGGAAUACAUGGAUGAUGAAGAUGGGGAUGACUUUGCUAAGAAGAUUGGGGUCAUGUUCUCGUAAAUUGAGAGAGAGAAGCAAAUACAGGAGUGACUGCUCUCCUUGCUAUGAUCCUGCCUUGUGUGGAGGAACUCCUAAGCUUUUAUUUAGGUUGGUUGAUUCUGAAUUGGCAUUGUGGCUGCUACAUUUUCUUGGUAGAAGUAGGGAUGUUAAGCUUUUUCCUUUGUAUUAAUUGAAGCCCUUUUUCCAUGUAUCUAAACUGAUUGAAUGGUAAAAUUUUCUUUAUGCCUCAGGCAUUUUGCCAUGUCCCGCUCCAGUUGAAAUUUGGUUGCAAGGCCCAUGACUGUAACAGUUAGAAAGUUAAUAAGAAAGUUUGAAAUUCUCUUCUUCA